UCUCUCCUUUGAAAUCGAUCUUUUCUUGUCUAUGUCUUUGUCUUAGUGUUUUUCUCUGCAUCUGUUUCUCACCAUCUUUCUGUCUCAUGCCAAGUCUUCUUUCUCCUCUCCUUGGUUCAGAACCAGCUUGGGUUGAAACCUGAGGUAUUAGUGGCUUAAUAGGCAUUUUUGACUCAAUGGGCUUCAUCUUUCUAUUCAGUCUUUCCUUACCUCACUGGCCUCUACAAGCACCCUGAGCAUUAACCAGAGCACCCGAUUUGGAGGCAGAGGAUAUGGGUUUAAAUUUCAACGGCUACUUGCUACUACUUACCUUGGGCAAGGCACUUAAAUUCUCUGGGCUUCAGUUUCCUCAUCUAUAAAAUAGAAAAGUUAGACCAUGCAAUUUCUUAAGAUCCUUACUAGUUCUAAAUACUGUGAUCUUAGCAGUAGAACAAGUGUGCAGGGGUAGGCUUUCAUUUGUACUUCUGUCUUCUUCUGGGUGCUUCCCAAUUUGCACUAUUCCCUGGGAACAUGGGGAGAAGUGAUGUUUAUUUACAAGCCAGAGAAUUAAGUCUUGGAGAAAUCCUAGGUAACGAUAGGGGUUAUAGAAAUAGAUGAAUAGGCAAAAGGUGUGAAGAAAAGGAAUGGUAACCAAGGAAGGUCUAAAAUUUAGGUGGGAGUGAAUCAGUCAUUCAGUUCAUCAGCAAGUAUUUAUUAAGCACUGACUCUGUGUUGGGCAUUUUGCUGGGCACUGGAGAUAUAUGUACCAAGAAUGAAACAAUCUCUCCUCUAAAGGAGGUUACAUUCUAAUAGGGAAAAGUGUAGACGAAGGGCAGGUUUGGAAUGUCUUUGGGUGGGGGAGUGAAGGGCAGAAAGAAGCGUUGGGUUAGGGAGGGAGAACCCAGGACAGAAAGAAGUAAACAAGGGGAGCAUAGCAGUAGGGGCGGGGAUUGGUGCUGCUGGGAAUCAGCCCCCUCACACUUUCCGAUGUGAAUCGAAAACAGUGAGCCCCAGAGGUGGUAGGAGGGGAGCAAUAGAGAGGGGAAGUGGGGACGGUGGGGGAGAAAGAGGAGGAGGUAUCAUUGCUACUGGGAAGACAGGACAUCAGAGAAGUACUCCACUCCAGCACUAGCUUCUCCCUUUUGUUCUUUGGCCUUUAUUCCUUCAGCCCUCUCUGAAUUCCGCUCACUUGAUUUUUCUCUCCAUUCCUCCAGUCCUCUUAUUUCCGGCUUUCUACUUCUACCUCCUACCACCUGGUCUCUGGCUCUAUCUUCCUCCUGGCAUCCUCCCUAUACUUCCCUCCCGUCAUCUCUAGCCUGUGCUUCCCUGGAGGGCUCUAUUCAGGCCUCCUUGGAGAAGAGAUGCUGUGGGAGGUGAGAUCCCUAGCCCAACUGCUGCUACUGUUGCUGGUUGCCAGAGCAGGGACUCAAAUACCCAGGAAAGAAGUCCAGGUGGUAUGGGCCAAAGAGGGUUCACCUGUUCAGCUCCCCUGCAUCCUCUCAAGCAUCCACCAAAACCUCUCUAGGAAGCACAGUUUUCUUUGGAGGGUGACUGUCACCUGGCAGCGCUGGCAGGACAGGACUCCCCAAGCCAGCUGGUACACAGUGUUCAGGGUGGGGCCAGGUGGUGUGCGGAGUGUUAGGCUUCCCCCACAGCCCAGGCUGCAACUCGGAGGGCUCAGCCUCCACCAGGGAGAUUUCUCACUAUGGCUCCGCCCAGCCUGGCUCACAGAUGCUGGGGAGUACAGAGCCCGAGUCCACUUUGAGAAUGGUGAUUUGAGAUGUCACCUCUGCCUCCGCUUUGGCCAAGCCUCUGUGACUGCCAGCCCUCCUGGGCCCAUUGUGACCUCAGGGCUGGUGCUUCUGAACUGUUCUUUCAACCGUCCAGACCUCCCGGAAGCUGUGCUCUGGUCUCGAGGCCGGGCCCCCAUAAUCCCAUCUUCCCGGCAUUUGCCAGUUGGGAGUCUACUCUUCUUGUCCCAUGUCACUCUCUCAGAUGCUGGGCCUUGGGACUGCCACGUUAUCUACCCAGAUGGAUUCAAUGUCUCUGUUACCCACUACCUCGCUAUCCUGGGUCUGGAGCCCCUAACCCAGAAGACGGUCUAUGUGGGAGAAGGAUCAAAGGUGGAGCUUCCCUGCCAUCUCAGCCCUGCUCCAGGAACUAUGCCAGGGCUAAUUGCCCAGUGGACCUUACCUUGGGGCAGAGGCAGCUGCCUUGUGUCGGGAGAUGACAAAAGCAGCUUUGCCCUGAGGCUGGACCAUGUGAGCAGAGCCCAAGCAGGGACCUACAACUGCAGCCUCAGUUUUCAAGGGCAUCAGCUCAGUGCAGCAGUCACCUUAGCUGUCAUUACAGUGACUGAAAAAUCCUUUGGAUCUUCAAGUUCCAGGAAAGGGCUGCUUUGUGAGGUGACCCCAACGUUCAGGCAAGAGUACUUCCUGUGGACCACCUUGGAUAAUCAGACUCUGGAAAACCCACCAGGGCCCUGGUUGGAGCUAGGAGAUGAGGAGCUACAGGUCGAGCAGUGGCAGUGCCAAGUGUGUCAAGGGACACAACAAUGUGGAGCUGUAGUUUACAACCUGGGGCUUCAGGGCACAGGUGCCCAGCUCUCUGGGAGGAACCCAAAAGCCCUGAAAGGAGGGAAAUAUCUCCCUCUUCUCCUCAGCUUUGGCAUCUUACUGCUUCUCUUUUCUGGGAUAGGAGCUGCUGUGUUUCGCUUUCGACAAAGGAAGCUGCCUGGGAGUUUUUCUGCCCUGGAAGAUGCAGCUCAAAGGCCUCAGAGACAAAACAAGGCAGAAGAAAUGGAGCCAGAGAGCCAGAGUCAGUGUUAGAGCCUGGAACAUUGGCAGGAGUGGUCCUGACAUAAAGAUGGGGCAGUCCUUUGAGAAGCAGCUCCUUCCUUCCUCGAGAUUUGCCUUUCCACACCAAGUAAACUCCACUUCCUCAGCAGGAUGGCCUGUGGUUCCUCCAUAGCCUAUGCCUCCUCUAUCUUUUUGCUUCCCUGGGAGACCCCCAUGACCCACCUCUUUCAGGUCCUACCUGGCUCCUCAUCAGCUUAGUUUGGUUUCUGUAGUACUUAUAAAGUUUUACAAAGCACUUUCCUCACAACUCUUUGAGGUGGAUGGUGCAAAUGUGAUGUGGUCUCCAUUUUACAUAGGACGCUCAGAAAAAUUAAGUGAUUUACUUUUGGUCUUCUUCCCUCUCCAUUUUUCUAUUUCUGCCUCUGUCUUCUUUGGCUUAUCUGUCACUGUCUCCUCCUCUAAUCUUGGCUCAAUCUUUUUUCUGAGGCUCCAAACAAGUCCCUAGUCUAACCUCUUCCACUUUCUUCCUAAACCCAUGCCUCUCUAGUUUAAAACACUUUUGAAUAUACAUCUUCUCUUUUUUUAUUAUGAACUUGACAAAAAUAAAAAUAAAUAAACAUGUCUUCAUACAAA